AUGGAUCUCAAGAACUUCACAACUGUCGUCGACAGUGGGUUCUUGGAUGACGCAGCAUCGAGCCGUGUCCUGACCGGCUGCUUCCUCUCGCUGCUCAUCCUCACCACCUUGCUGGGAAACACGCUCGUGUGCGCGGCCGUCACCAAAUUUCGACACCUUCGCUCCAAGGUGACCAACUUUUUUGUGAUCUCCCUGGCCGUGUCAGACCUCUUGGUUGCCAUCUUGGUGAUGCCGUGGAAGGCGGCGACAGAGAUCGCUGGGUUCUGGCCGUUUGGCUCCUUUUGUGACACCUGGGUGGCUUUUGACAUUAUGUGCUCUACAGCGUCCAUUUUGAACCUUUGCGUGAUUAGCCUGGACCGGUACUGGGCCAUCUCCAGCCCCUUUCGCUAUGAGAGGAAGAUGACACCCAGAGUGGCCUUUGUGAUGAUCAGCGUAGCCUGGACACUGUCUGUCCUCAUUUCCUUCAUCCCAGUGCAGCUCAACUGGCACAAGGCCCAAACGAAAUCUUACGCCCCUCUCACCGGCUCAGGUUUAAAUGCUACAUCUUACCACGGCCUGGAGAACUGUGACUCGAGCCUGAACAGGACCUACGCCAUCUCGACGUCUCUGAUAAGCUUUUACAUCCCUGUGGCCAUCAUGGUGGCCACCUACACCCAGAUCUAUCGCAUUGCCCACAGACAAAUCAGGAGGAUCUCUGCCCUGGAGAGAGCGGCCGAAAGUGCCAAAAACAGACACGACAGCAUGGGCGGAGGGUCCAGCAUCGCAGAGUCCGAGAGCUCUUUCAAAAUGACAUUUAAGAGGGAGACCAAGGUGCUGAAGACGCUGUCAGUCAUCAUGGGGGUGUUUGUGUGCUGCUGGCUCCCAUUCUUCAUCCUCAACUGCAUGGUGCCCUUCUGCGAGCAGUCGAGCAGCGGGGAGGCUUUCCCCUGCAUCAGCCCCACCACGUUUGACGUGUUUGUGUGGUUCGGCUGGGCUAAUUCCUCCCUCAACCCCAUCAUCUAUGCCUUCAAUGCAGAUUUCCGCAAGGCCUUCUCCAUCCUGCUGGGCUGCCACAGACUGUAUCCAGGAGGCCACAACAUAGAGACGGUCAGUCUAAACAAGAAAUGA